CUUCUCCUAGACUCAGCUUUGGCUCUUACAGUGUGUCAUUUUUAUUUGCCUGUCUCUUGAAGCUUGCAUGAUUUUCCACUCCAGAUGAGCAUAUAUUCUCAGAAAGGCAGCUGGUUGGCAUUUUGGAGGAGCAAACAUGGAAGAAAAUAGAGGAGGCCAUGGCCUUACAGAAGGCAGGAUUUUGUCUGUCUGGAUGAUUUUGUUUGUGGCAUUAGUUUUGUUGCCUUCGGUGUUUCGAGUGUCACUGGGGAUUUCUCAUUUCUAUGUGAAAAUCUUAAUUAAAAUAUUAGAGUGGGCCACCCUGCAGAUUGAGGAGGGAGUAAAAAAGCAGAAGGCGAUGGCACUUGAAAAUUUAAUCUCCACUGGGAUCAUCCAGAGAGAUGAGACCCCCAUGGAAGAGGAGGUUGUUGGCCGGUGCCGAGGGUGUUUCAGCCUUGCUGAUGUCAUGUACUUCUCCAAGAAGGGCUGUGAGGCAGUGGCAGAAGAUGAAGUCACUCGCCGGUUCUCCUCCGAGGAGCUGCUGUCUUGGAAUCUCCUCAGCAGGACCAAUGCCAACCUGCACCAUGUCAGCUGGAAACUGGCUGCUGUGUGGGUCACUGGCAUCCUGAUCCGGUAUUGCCUCCUGCUGCCCCUCCGCAUCUGCUUGUCUGUUUUCAGCAUCCUAUUGCUGGUGUUGGCCACUACAGUAGUAGGACAGUUUCCAAAUGGCAGAGUUAAAGGUUGGCUGAGCAACCAGGUCCAGAUGAUAUGUGCCACCUUAGGUAUCCGAUGUAUGAGUGGCCUUGUUAAUUUCCACAACAGGGAAAACAAACCACAGCAAGGAAGCAUCUGUGUAGCCAACCAUACAUCUCCAUUGGAUGUCCUAAUCCUGGCCAGUGAUGGAUGCUAUUCCUUGGUUGGCCAGGUACAUGGAGGGCUUAUAGGACUUAUUCAAAAAUCCUGCAUGCAAACCUCUCAGCAUGUCUUGUUUGAACGCUCGGAAAUGAAAGACCGUCACCUGGUGAGGAAAAAAAUCAGAGAACACAUUGCAGAUAAGGCCAAGUUACCCAUUUUAAUUUUCCCUGAAGGCACCUGCAUUAACAACACAUCGGUAAUGAUGUUUAAGAAGGGGAGCUUUGAGGUAGGAGGAACCAUCCAUCCAGUAGCAAUCAAGUAUGAUCCACGCUUUGGAGAUGCCUUCUGGAACAGCACAAAGCAUUCCAUGAUGACCUAUGCUUUCAAUGUGUUAACCAGCUGGGCUAUUGUCUGCAACGUGUGGUACCUGCCACCGAUGGUCAAAGAGGAAGAAGAAGAUGCUGUUCACUUUGCUGACAGAGUCAAGGCUGUCAUUGCUGCUCGGGCAGGAAUGUCUGUGCUUCCUUGGGAUGGGGGACUGAAAAGGAAAAAGGUCAAAGAGUCUUUCAAGGAAGAGCAACAGAAAAAAUAUUGCCAGAUAGUAAUAGAAAAUGGAUCUGUGGGAAACGGAAAUGUUUGUUAAAUGCUAUUUAUUUUAUCUCAUUUUUCCAUGACUUAUCUCUACCAGAAAAUAUACUGGUUUUAUAUUAAACCAAGCUUGUUUUCCUUCUGUCACUGUAAGGUAUUUUGCAUGUGACACAGCAGGGAAACCAUAAAGAGAUUUUCUUAUUUAAAGCAAAGUACUAUAAUUUUAUAAAUAGCAAAUCAUAAAAUAUCCUAAUAAAAUUCUCCCUGAUGCUGAGAAGAAUCUACAGUAAAAUUAAUGAAUUAUGUUCAUUAAAAUGCCACUUUAAAAUACUUGCAAUACCUUGAGGACUUAAAUGGUUACUUAUAAUAAAUCAGCUCUGCUACACUCUCUCAGGGACUUAGACUAGCAAUAUUCCUGUCAGCCACAGUAACCAUGUUGCUCUGGAGGUAGAUCUCCUGAUGUCAGAAGACAUAAAGCAUUUCACCAAAAUAUGUUUUGUGAAUUGCAUGUUGGAGAGGAAGUGUUGGAUGUCAGAGGGAAAAAGCAGAUGCUGACUCUCUUCCAUGUCACAAGACCAGGAAUGGCAUUGUAGAAAGUUUUCUGCUGUGACAAAGGGCAGAAGAAUGUCCAGGGCAGCAUGUCCCUGAUGUCUGGCUAUGUGAAGCUGAGGUAAAUUAAUAACAGCCAAGGACAGUGUCAUAAAAAAAUAUCCUGUUUUUUUAAAAAUCAUAUCUUGUGGUUUUGAUAGAUCCCUUUCUGGUCUGUUUGUAUGCAUUCCACAAAUUA